AUGCGACAGUCAGUGGCCAUGGCAGCAGUUAGUGGCCAGAGUUGCAGCAAUAAAUGGCAGAGUGCUGCGGUAACUGGCCAGAGCACGACAUCAUAUUUCGUACACGUGCCCUACUGCGUGCACGUGCCCUACUGCGUGCACUUGCCCUACUGCGUGCACGUGCCCUACUGCGUGCACGUGCCUUAUGGAGUGCACGUGCCCUACUGCGUGUACGUGCCCUACUGCGUGUACGUGCCCUACUGCGUGCACGUGCCCUUUUGCGUGCACGUGUCCUACUGCGUGCACGUUCCCUACUGCGUGCACGUAUCCCACUCCGUGCACAAUUCGUACCACACCUGCUACAAUCUACUAGUUCGUACCACACCUGCUAGUCCCACACCUGACAGUACCACACCUGCUCGUACCACACCUGACAGUAUCACACCUGUCAGUACCACACCUGCUAGUACCACACCUGCUCGUACCACACCUGCUCGUACCACACCUGCUAGUACCACACCUGCUCGUACCACACCUGCUCGUACCACACCUGCUAGUCCCACACCUGACAGUACCACACCUGCUCGUACCACACCUGACAGUACCACACCUGUCAGUAGCACACCUGCUAGUACCACACCUGUCAGUACCACACCUGCUAGUACCACACCUGUCAGCACCACACCUGUUAGUACCACACCUGUCAGCACCACACCUGUCAGUACUCCCACCUGUCACAGUACCACACCUGUCAGCACCACACCUGUUAGUACCACACCUGUCAGCACCACACCUGUCAGUACCACACCUGUCAGUAGCACACCUGUCAGUACCACACCUGUCAGUAGCACACCUGUCAGUACCACACAUGUCAGUACCACACCUGUCAGUACCACACCUGUUAAUAAUGUGAUAUCAAAGCUUUAA